UGGUUUUAUAUAAUAUCAUUUUUGCAGUUUAAUGUUUUAAAUUACAGGAAAGAUAUUCCAAUUCAUAUUUUGGACAACGAAAGUUACGAAAAAGAUUCGGUGUUCUACGUAGAAAUUGGUGAACCAAAAUUAGAAGAAGACUUGAUUAAAGAGGAAACCGGCCAAAUAAACAACGAACCAUCAUCUCCUAAUGGCGAAGCAUCAGAAGCAGAUAAGCUAGCAAUGUUAGGAAAACCCAGAUUGGGAGAAUAUUACAGAUGUCAAAUAAGGAUUAAAGAGAGCCGCGAGUUUAAGAAUACUGUCGAUAAACUUUUCGAAAAAGCAAACGUCUCAUUGAUGAUAGGUACAUCGUCGUGGAGGGAACAGUUCUUAGGCGUUAUAACUGUUAAUACAGGUGAUGAAGAUGAUGAAGAAGAAGAUGACGGAACUGAAAAGAUGCCUUCUUGUUCAGACUAUGUGAUACACUUCUUUACUAUCUUCUGGAAAGUGUUGUUUGCCUUUAUCCCACCUACCGGU